AUGACAUCUAUCACCUUCGUAUCUAGGAACAUAUAUCUGCUUUCAUAUCUAUCUAUCUAUCUAUCUAUCUAUCUAUCUAUCUAUCUAUCUAUUUCAGUCUGUUCAUAUCUAUCUAUCUAUCUAUCUAUCUAUCUAUCUAUCUAUCUAUCUAUCUAUUUCAGUCUGUUCAUAUCUAUCUAUCUAUCUAUCUAUCUAUUUCAGUCUGUUCAUAUCUAUCUAUCUAUCUAUUUCAGUCUAUUUCAGUCUGUCUAUCAUCCAUCUAUCUAUCUAUCUAUCUAUUUCAGUCUGUUCAUAUCUAUUUCUAUUCAUAUAUCUAUCCAUAUCUAUCUAUCUAUUUCAGUCUGUUCAUAUCCAUCAUCUAUCCAUCUAUCCAUCUAUCUAUUUCAGUCUGUUCAUAUCUAUCUAUCCAUCUAUUUCCAGUCUAUUUCAUCUAUCUAUCUAUCUAUCUAUCUAUCUAUCCAUUCAUCUAUCUAUCUAUUUCAGUCUGUUCAUAUCUAUUUCAGUCUGUUCAUAUCUAUCUAUCCAUCUAUCUAUCUAUUUCAGUCUGUUCAUAUCUAUCUAUCUAUCUAUCUAUCUAUCUAUCUACUUCAGUCUGUUCAUAUCUAUCUAUCUAUCUAUCUAUCUAUCUAUUUCAGUCUGUUCAUAUCUAUCUAUCUAUCUAUCUAUCUAUCUAUCUCAGUCUGUUCAUAUCUAUCUAUCUAUCUAUCUAUUUCAGUCUGUUCAUAUCUAUUUCAGUCUGUUCAUAUCUAUCUAUCCAUCUAUCUAUCUAUUUCAGUCUGUUCAUAUCUAUCUAUCUAUCUACUUCAGUCUGUUCAUAUCUAUCUAUCUAUCUAUCUAUCUAUUUCAGUCUGUUCAUAUCUAUCUAUCUAUCUAUCUAGUCUAUUUCAGUCUGUUCAUAUCUAUCCAUCUAUCUAUCUAUUUCAGUCUGUUCAUAUCUAUUUCAUCUAUUCUAUCUAUCUAUCCAUCUAUCUAUCAUUUCAGUCUGUUCAUAUCUAUCUAUCUAUCUAUCUAUCUAUUCAGUCUGUUCAUAUCUAUUUCAGUCUAUUCAUCUCUCAUCUAUCUAUCUAUCUAUCUAUUUCAGUCUGUUCAUAUCUAUCAUCUAUCUAUCUAUCUAUUUCAUCUGUUCAUCUAUCUAUCUAUCUAUCUAUCUAUCUAUCGAUUCUAUUUCAGUCUGUUCAUAUCUAUUUCAGUCUGUUCAUAUCUAUCUAUCCAUCUAUCUAUCUACUUCAGUCUGUUCAUAUCUAUCUAUCUAUCUAUCUAUCUAUCUAUCUAUCUAUCUAUCUAUCUAUCUAUUUCAGUCUGUUCAUAUCUAUCUAUCUAUCUAUCUAUCUAUCUAUCUAUCUAUUUCAGUCUGUUCAUAUCUAUUUCAGUCUGUUCAUAUCUAUCUAUCUAUCUAUCUAUCUAUUUCAGUCUGUUCAUAUCUAUCUAUCUAUCUACCUAUCUAUCUAUCUAUCUAUUUCAGUCUGUUCAUAUCUAUUUCAAUCUGUUCAUAUCUAUCUAUCCAUCUAUCUAUCUAUUUCAGUCUCUUCAUAUCUAUCUAUCUAUCUAUCUAUCUAUCUAUCUAUCUAUCUGUCUAUUUCAGUCUCUUCAUAUCUAUCUAUCUAUCUAUCUAUCUAUCUAUCUAUUUCAUUUCUGUUCUGUUCAUAUCUAUCUAUCUAUCUAUCUAUCUAUCUAUCUAUCUAUCUAUCUAUCUACAUCUCUAUUACAUCUCAAUUUUCGUUGAAUUUGCUUUGUAUUAUUCAAAUGCUUAUUUUUAAUUCUUGUUUAUCGUUCUAUCAAUCGGUCUAUCUAUCUAUCUAUCUAUCUAUCUAUCUAUCUAUCUAUCUAUCUAUCUACCUCAGUCUUUUCAUACCUAUCUAUCUAUUUCAGUCGGCUCAGAUCUACCUCAGCUUGUUCAUAUCUGUCAACCCAUGUGUUUUAAAAUCUGUAUGGUCAUUUUGUUUUUAUCUAUCUAUCUAUCUAUCUAUCUAUCUAUCUAUCUAUCUAUCUAUCUAUCUAUCUGUCUGCCUGUCUGUCUAA